AUGAAGGUCGAGUCGUACAACGACCAGUACCAAGAGCGCUACGGCCUGCUCCUCAACGCCUACACGGACGUGUGUUCGCUGAAAAUGCGCGGCAUCCUUGAGCUCCAGGACAAGUUGUUUGCGGAAAAAGGCGAGUUUGAACGCAUCUGCCAACACGUCAAGGCGCUGGCCCACGCAGGCAAGACCAAGGACGAGAUGGUGGCGGCGCUGCGGGAACGCUUGACGACCCUCAACGAAACAUUGCCGUUGUCGUACCAGCUGCCGCUCGACCCGCGUGUCGAAGUCGGGAAAAUCGUCGUCCGCAAGUGCAAAAUCAUGAGCUCGGCCAAAUUGCCGCUGUGGCUCGAGUUUGAAAACGCCGAAGAGGGCGGUGACCCCGUCGUGAUCAUCUUCAAAGCCGGCGACGACGUCCGCCAAGACUGCUUGACGCUGCAGUUGAUCACGCUCAUGGACGAAAUGUGGCGAGAAGACGGCAAGGACCUCGCCAUGGAGCCAUACAAGUGCGUGUCGACGGGGCCCAUGACGGGCAUGUUGCAAGUGGUGCUGCAUGCCGUCACAACUGCCGCGGUCCACAAGCGAGGGGGUGCGCUGGGGGGUAUCUUUGGCGCGUUCAACGACGUGAGCUUUUCCGACUGGAUCGCAGCCAACAACGGCGACCCGCGGAGUUACAAGACGGCCGUGAAUUUGUUUCUACGCUCGUGUGCUGGGUAUUGUGUGGCCACGUAUGUGCUGGGCAUUGGCGACCGCCACAACGACAACAUCAUGCACAGCAUCAGUACACUGCCCGUAUCCACAAGAAAUCUUCCAGCCUAG